AUGAAAUUCUCUUUGGUUAACAGUUUCAUUGAGGAUAUAUUAAGAUGAUGGGAAGAUGGAAGUCAGGGGUUGGGAAGAUGGAAGUCAGGGGUUAGAAAGGAGAAGUCAGCAGUGACGAGAAAUGACUUUUGGUCCAACCAAAGUCGGAACUUGAGCUAUUGGGUAAAUCCCUAGUACCAUAUCAGGCGCGGAGCUCUGAUAAACUGCUUCUAUUUUGGUCGACAGCUUGACCUGAAAUUCCUUUUUCGAAUAUUCUGGAAGAGUGAACCCAUUGAUGUGAGGCACAGUGACUCAGUCUAGAUCACUUUAGGCAAUGAUCAAGUCCGGCCUAGAGCAGUCUAGCAGCUCGAUUAACUGAUUGUCGAAUAGAUCGGGUUCUGCCCUCCAAAUCGAGACCGACAAGAUGACUAAGGAAGAAGCAAAGCAAGAGGGAGAGCUUGCAGCUCUCGCUGCAAUGCCAGAAAAUUUUCAAUAACUGUUAAUUAAAUAAAUUUAACCAGUUUCAUUGAGAAAUAUAGUCAACCAAAUUUUGAUAAUUUUUAUGAAGAAAAUGAGUCAAAGCUGGAAUUUUUAGACAAAGAAAUUUCAAAAUUACAGUCUUUAGUAGAAAUUUUGAAAUUUAGCAACAUUCCAAUAAGAAAAGAAGAAAAAAUAUCCAAGGAUAGCGAUCAACCUUUGAUUGAUAAUAUCAACAAUAUUCCAAUAAAUAUACAAAAUUUAGAUUCCGCUAGUCUGAACUAUUUUAAGCAAUAUCAGCUCACACCUAACGAACUUUUAUCAAAUCUAAGUGCUUCUUUUAUGAAAAAUAUCCCAAUUUGAUUAUCUAAUAUCAAUACUCUAAAAAACUCUUACCUUAACAUAUUAGACUGGAAAGUUUUUCAAAUAAUGAGCACUUAUUUGAUCCUUUACUUAAGCCCUGAACUUCAAGAGCAGCUUUUUAGCAUAAUAUUGCUUUCCAAAGAAAACCCAGAGCUUUCUAUCGCUUCCAGCAAUGCGAUAUCUAUUUUAAACUCAAUUGGUUUUUCAUUUAGAGAUAAAAAUCUAGAGAAUGUCAAUAUUCCUAAUGCAGAUUUGUCCGGCGCUUUGUUGAUAAAUACAAAUUUUCAAAACAGUAAUCUUAGUGGUGUCGAUUUUUCUCACUCAAAUUUAUUUUCUGUAAGUUUUGAUGACUGCAGAAUGGAAGAUGUUACAUUAGACAAAGCAUCUCUAUUUAAAAAUCUUGAAAAAAAUGUAAGGGCGAUGGGAAUCUCUCCAUGUGGAAAGUUUAUAGCAAUAAAUUUUUGACUUGAGAACGAAAUAAAAAUAUUUAGCUUCGAAACAAGGGAAAUGAUAAAGGUGAUACAGGUAGAUUAUGAGGUUAAUUCUAUUGUAUUUUCGCAGUGUGGAACGUAUUUACUCCACCCUACGUGAGCGAACAAAAAACUUUAUUCGUUCACGAGGGGUUAAUUUUUUAAAAAAAAAAAAUGCAAUUUGAAAUAAUUUUAAAGCAAUUAAAAAGAAUUAGUUAGAGAUUUCAUUAUAAUAAUUAUAACUUUAUAUCUGAACAUUUUUUUAUAAAAAAUUUUUUGUAUGGGUUUUUAUCCAAAAAAUAUGGGGUUUUGUUUGCAAGGUGGGUGUUAGCAUAUGGGCUAAUAAAUCCAAAGGUUAUUUUGCUUGAUGCAAAGUCAAUAUUUUGCCCACUCCCUCUUGGCUAGUGAGAAAACAUAAUUUUAAUCUAAUAUAAAACUUUUUUUCCAAAUUUCAAAUAAUUGAAAUAAUUAUCUAAUUAAGUUAUCAAAGUUAAGCUUUAGGACGCUAAUGUCUAAAAUUUAAUAUCAAUAGCUUAAGUUUUUAAAAUUCUCAUCAGUAAUUAAAUAUUAAAAUAUAGUUUUAUAUUAAAAUAAGAUAUAUUAGAAAAGAUUUGUUAGAUCUUAAAGGACAAUUUUCUAAAAAACAGGUAUUUACAAUUAUUUUUAUGAGGAAGGUCAGGAGAAAAAAUACUAGUUUUGCAGACUAUUAAUACCAGUGAUAACUAUGUAAUAAAACUUGUGUUUUCAAAAUCCUCCACAUUUCUUGCAAUCUUUACAAAUAAAGCUAUCAGAAUAUGAAACAUUGAAGAAAAUUCCAUGCAUACAUCUAUAAAUGACAUAAAUAAUCCUGUCUGAAUUGGAUUUUCGCCCUCUAAAAAUGAUUUAGCUAUGGCAAAUUGAGAUGGAUCAUUAUCAAUCUGAAGAAUUAUAACCCCGAGAAAUUCUGAUAAAAACAAAAAAUUGAAGACAAAAUUCAAAAGAACACUAGUUCAGCAAGCAUCAAUUGGUGAUUCUAUCAAAACACUCGAAUUCACCCCUUGCUCAAAUUUCCUGAUCUUCGAGACGUCAAAGUCAAUAAGUAUGUGAAGUCUAGAGCACCAGGACGUAAAGGUUUUAGUUAGUUUUGAAAUGAAUACUUUAUGCUCAUGAGUAUUAACACCUGAUGGAAAUUUUAUUAUUUAUUUUUUACUUACUCCCCCCCCCCCUCCGUGAGCGAACAAAAAAAAUUUUGUUCGCUCACGGAGGGGGGUUAAUUUUUGUUUUUAAAAAAAAAUUUAUAUAUAAAUUUUAUAAAAAAUAUUUUUUUCGAAAUUUAAAAAAAAUCCUAAUUUGCAAAAAUUGGAAGCAAAUAUUAAUUUAAUUUGCAAAAUUUAUGUUUUAAAACGCAAUUUGUUUAAAAUUAAACAGAAUUAGCUCUAGAUUUCAUUAUACUAAUUAUCACUUAUAUAUCAAAAUUUUUUUCCAUUAAAAUUUUUUCUAUUAAAAAAAUUUUUGUUCACUCACGGAGGGUGGGUUUUUGGUCAAAAAAUGGCGAUUUUUCUAAUGGUUUUGUUCGCUCACGGAGGGGGGGGGGGGAGUUAAUAGAAUUUAUGCCUACAAUAUUGAAAAACAAAGCAUCAGCUUUCAAUAUAAUGCUAAUUAUAUGAGAAAAGCACCAAUUCUCAGAUAUUUAAACAAAUUGCUAUUAAUUGUAGGAUAAUUAGAAAAUGGCAUUUCGCACGCUACUGGCCUACCGGCCAGCAGUACUCAUUUGCAUUUUUUAAUUAUGAGGCUUGGUUUUCCAAGGGAAUUCUGUCCCGACUGAGUUAGGUAAGCAACUUGGAGGCCCUCUGGCCUGACCUUAGGGAAAGUGAAAGUUCCAUGGUUUUUCCCACUUUCAUCUGACGGCAAAAACGGAGCCUUUAGUUGUCACACGGCGUCAAGGAAGGCAGAAGUAGCUCACGCAUGAGCCACCUUAGUCGGGCAACACCUUAUCAGACCAUUCCUUGGCUAUCGAAGCAAGUCGUCCCAGAGGCUUGCUGGCUGAAACGUGCCGAAAUAUGGCGGGAAGCUUGGUCUGGCAAUCUCGUAAAUGGCAUAAAAGCAAGUAAAUUUUAAGUUAAACUAUUAAUUAUAGACGAUUCUCAGUCCAUGUUUUUAAUAAAUGUAAAAGACUUAGAAAACCAUAAAGAUUAUGCUGGACAUACAAGUGGGGUACAGAAUGUAUCUUUUUCUCCUUGUGGUAAAUAUAUGCUCUCUGUAAGUAACUGAGGAGUUGGUAAGAAAUGGAAUAUAAAAUCAAAAAAGGUUGAAGUAGAUCAAAAAAUUAAUUAUUGGAGUUUCGAUUUGCUUAAAUACUCUCCUUGUGAUAAUUACCUAAUUGCAAAUAGACUCUCCAAUUAUAAUUGCAACUAGUUAGAAUGUAGAAAAGCUCCCUGCUGGGAUUCAAAGUUUUGCUCCUAUCAGACAUGCGACUUGGUAGUCAGAAAGUUUGAUUACAGUGCCUUAUACCAAUAGUGGCUUUCCACCUUGAAAAUUAACGGGUAGGAAUUUCUGGCUACUCUAGGCUAAGAUGGAAUCCGUAGUCCAGGCGUACUCCUGGUUUCAUGCUAGGGAAUAGUCAGAUUGACUAAAAAGAACUCAAUUGACACUACUGAGAGAAAUCCCUUUCCAACUUCAAGAUCUAUCACCCUCUUGCGGCAAAACUUGGCAGAGUAAAGCUAUUGAUUACAGGAGUUAAGCGGGUAGAUUGAUCACCACGCCAUUUUAAUGUAUAUGCAAAUAGACUUUCUAAAGUUGCAAUUUUUAGUGAAAAUAUACAAUUAGACUACUUUAUUAAUACAAAUACAGAUUAUGGUGUAACAGCUUUAUCAAACGAUGGUUUGCUUGCAAUUGGAGGUAGGAACAAUAAACUCGAUAUUUUUGAUAUAAAAGCAAAGAAUCUUUAUUUAAGCCAUUGUAAAGAUGAAAAAGAUUUAAUUUCAGCUUUAUGCUUUUCUCCUUCUAAUGAGCUUAUCGGGAUAGGGACCACUUCAGGGAAUAUAAAAAUAUGAUAUAUAGCAAGCAGGCUUGAAUUUAUAUAUGGCUACAUAUGAAGGUGGUUUUUCCAACGAAAAGGGCUUUUUCCUGCUGCAACACCUGAUUAAGAGUGUUCUGCAGAGGGUCAAUGCAAAAAGGCUGGGCAAAAUCAGUCAAAGCUAAGAUGGAGCAAGUAGAAAGCAUGCCCCAAGACUAAGCAAUUUAACGGCAUGUGGUGUCCACGUGUAUCAACAACUUCUGAAUAAGAGGACUAUAGAACCAGGAGGAUAGAAACCAUACAAUAAGUCCAUAGGCAGCUAGACUUACCUGAUACGUCCUAGGGUGAGCUCGAUUGUUCUGAUCGGUAUACCGACCAGAAUUCUAAUCAGAAAUUAAGUAUAUAACGAUAGCGAAUUUGUAUAUGGAAACCAGAUUAACACAUAUAAAAUAAUUUCUGUUCAUUUUUCGCCAUGUGGGAGAUAUUUUGCUUGAACUGUAGAGACAUUUAACAAAAUUUAUGUUCUCGAUCUAAGAAUUCGGAAUAUUCCCAGGCUCUUGAUAUAGACCAUACUGAGAUAAGGCAUGCAAUUUGCGCCCAAUUAGCAGAGUUUUCUUUAGUAAUGCCUAUUGCUAAGCUAUCCUUGUGUUGGCAAAAUAAAAGGAUAUAAUCGUAUGCUAACUUGUGGGAUUAAUUUGGCAGCUAAUUUGUCCACCCCAAGGGAUAUCUAUAAUAAGACCUAGGCUAUAUCAGGUCUUUUGAAGGAACUAAAAAUAGCGAUUAUAGCUUAAUAAAAUUUUCCUUAUGUGGUGAAUUUGUUGCAAGUAUAAACAAGAAAGGAAAUCUUCAUAUCUGGGACGUUAAUAAAGGUAAUUUAGUUGUGGAGCUAAAAGGGAGUUUAGCUGGAAUUCUUGAUUUUGAGUUUUCGCGAUGUGGGAAAUGAAUUGUUACAGGAAGCCUUGAUAAAACUGUAAAGCUCUAUAAUUUUGAGGAGAUUAAAAAUAUGGUAGGAAGCCAAAAUAAUCCAGAAAUUUAUCAUAAAAGAUCAUUUAUUGAAUGAUCAUCAAUGAAUGGAGAUUUGAUAGGAUCAAAUAUAUCUAUAAGGAGAGCUUCAAUUAGCAAAGAAAAUAAAGAAAUUUUAAAUAAAUUUAGAUAA